CACAUUUUCCACACAUUGUCCCACUGAGCUGAGCCGUUACUUUGCUCAUCAACGGCCAGUAAUGGGGGCGUUAUGGUCAUUUCUCACGGCCUGAAAACAACAACUGACAGCAACUAGCGAGCGGUUUUUUUUUUGAGAGAGAGAGAGACACCAAAAAAAGUUCUUCGUUUUAGUUAACAAUAAACUCUCACUCGAUACUCAGGCAUUUAUAGAACUUACCAUUAACAAAAACAAACAAACAUAGUAAUGUUCAGAUUAAAAGCCAUAAUCAUUUUCUUUUACUUAUUAUUUUCUUGCUGAUCGAUGCCUCUCUCUCACCAAUUUUUUCUUUCCGUUUUCUUUGCUUCUACUCUAUAGUUUUGAGUUCUUUUUUUAAUUUAAUUUUUGGGUUUGUGCUCCAUUUUGUGGACUAUUUUCUUCAUUAUUCAUUAUCCUUUUGAGAAAAAGCCGCAAUGGAAACUGGGUCAAGCUCAAAUCCUGUGGACAAGUCAGGGACGCAAAGAGAAAGAGCUAAGACUAAUACGAAUUUAGGCUCUAUGUUGCCGAAGAUCGAGCCAUUUGUGGCAAGAACUGACCAUAAUCCAAGAGAGUUGAGAUCUUGGGCUAAGAGAACUGGUUUUAUAUCCACUUUUUCUAGUGAAACCACUACAAGUAACAGUGGAAAGUUUGAUAGUAGUACUGGUUUUGAUUUGGAGAAGGGUGUUCACCAUCACAAGAAUGGUGGUUCGUCCCCAAAAAUCGAGAUCGACCCAGUUCUGGGUCGGACUAGAACUGCUAGAGGUUCAGAAAUUGAAGCGGAUUCGGGUUCAGCUUCUAGGACAGGUAAUGGGUUAAGGAAUGGGAAUGACAGGAGUUUGGGACUGAGAGAUGAGAACAAGAGGAGGAGAAUUGGAGAUGAGUCUGUUUUGGGAGUUAAAGGUGAAGAAAGGAAAUUUGGCUUAGAUGGAAAUGGGAAUGUGAAUGGGAAUGGCAACAGGAAUGGGAGUGUAAAUGGGACUGGAAAUGAAGUUCCAGCAGCUAUUCCAGCUCUGGAGCCAAAGAAAGAAGAAGAAAAUGCUUUAACUGAUACUGGAUUUGAGAUUUAUCAAGAUGGGGAUGAUUCUGCUAGUGGUGGGUGGCACAGACGGAGUGGAAUGAAAUUCGGUUUGAGAGAUAAUCCUGGUUUUGUACCACUUAUGUAUUAUGGCCUGCAGCACUAUUUAUCAUUGGCUGGGUCACUGAUUUUCAUUCCCUUGAUCAUUGUACCAGCCAUGGGAGGAACAGAUAAGGACACUGCUACAGUGAUUUCUACAAUGUUGCUGAUUUCUGGCAUUACAACAAUAUUGCAUUCCUAUUUCGGUACCCGGCUUCCAUUAGUUCAAGGGAGUUCAUUUAUCUAUUUGGCACCAGCAUUAGUUAUUAUGAAUGCACGGGAGUAUCGGAAUCUUUCAGAAAAUAAAUUCAGACACAUAAUGAGGGAGCUCCAGGGGGCUAUAAUUGUUGGUUCAAUAUUCCAAGUCAUCUUGGGAUUCACUGGUUUAAUGUCUCUUCUUCUAAGAUUGAUUAAUCCAGUUGUGGUUGCACCAACUGUUGCUGCAGUAGGUUUAGCAUUUUUUAGCUAUGGUUUUCCGCAAGCGGGUAGUUGUGUGGAAAUUAGCAUACCUCUGAUAUUAUUGGUUCUUGUAUUCUCUCUGUAUCUUCGAGGAUUAUCUAUAUUUGGACAUCGCUUAUUCCGAGUUUAUGCUGUCCCCCUGAGUGUAAUGAUUAUCUGGACAUAUGCAUUCUUUCUAACCGCUGGUGGAGCAUAUAAUUACAAGGGCUGCAGUCCUGACAUACCGAGUUCAAAUAUUUUAGUUGAUGCAUGUAGAAGACAUGCAUACACCAUGCAGCAUUGCAGGACUGAUGUUUCUAAUGCAUUGAGAACUUCUGCAUGGGUCAGAAUUCCCUACCCCUUACAAUGGGGUAUUCCCAUCUUCCAUCUAAGGACUUCCUUGAUCAUGAUAAUUGUGUCACUAGUCGCAUCAGUGGAUUCGGUUGGAACAUAUCAUUCUACAUCCUUCCUAGUUAAUUCAAAGCCUCCAACUCCAGGAAUUGUCAGCAGAGGAAUUGCAUUGGAGGGAUUCUGUAGUCUAUUGGCUGGACUUUGGGGUUCCGGUACCGGUUCAACUACCUUAACAGAAAAUGUUCAUACCAUCAAUAUAACAAAGGUGGCUAGUCGAAGGGCUGUAGUUCUUGGAGCAGUUUUCUUGAUUCUCUUCUCCUUUGUAGGAAAAGUGGGUGCCAUUCUUGCUUCUAUACCACUGGCAUUAGCUGCUUCAGUACUUUGCUUCAUGUGGGGACUUAUUGUGGCAUUGGGUCUCUCAACUUUGCAGUACAGUCAAACAGCGAGUUUUAGAAAUAUUGCAAUAGUAGGUGUUUCAUUGUUCCUCGGUCUGUCAAUUCCUGCCUAUUUUCAGCAGUAUCAACCUGAAUCUAGCUUGAUACUACCAAGCUAUUUUGUCCCAUUUGCGGCAGCAUCAAAUGGACCAGUGCACACUAGCAGUAAACAAUUUGACUUUGCAAUAAAUGCCCUCAUGUCCUUAAACAUGGUGGUGACAUUCUUGAUAGCAUUUGUACUUGAUAACACGGUCCCUGGUACCCGACAAGAAAGAGGAGUGUAUAUAUGGUCACAUCCUGAAGACUUAGUUACUGAUCCAUCUUUACAUGCAGAUUAUUCACUUCCCCAGAAAGUUUCUCGGUUUUUCUGCUGGUCAAGAUGUUCGCAUACGUGAUAUACAGUUUUUUCAGGACAUUUUUUUUUGCAUGAUCUUUAGCAGACUGCAGUCUGUGCUUACAUGUAGUUAUGGAGUGCCUAGGCUGAGAUAUAUUUGGGUUGCAGAUAAUACAGCUACUAAGUAUGAUGUUAGUAAUCUAUACGUUAUCAUACUGCACGAAAUUUAGAAAUUUCAUACAUCACUGAAUUAGUGAUAUUAUAUUUUGUAACAGAAAGAAACAUUGUUGAAUUCACAUUUUGUCAAUAGUCAAAACAUUGGUCAAACCAAAAACUUGAGCUCUGUAACCCUAAACCCUAUCUUGCUCUUGCCAUGUCAAGAAGAAACAAAAGAAUUAUUAUGCUUAUUAUUCUGAUUUAUAA